AGAUACCAGACCAUUAGACAAGGAGACGUGUUUGUCUCUCGCUGAUGUAUGGCUCUUCCUUGAUGUUGACCCAGUCGUCUCGCUGAUGACUGAUUCCAGACAAUUCCUCCUUGAUGAGCCUCAGGAUACAUUCAGUCUAAACUGAGCCAGUUGGAGGGCUCCACAGACAGCAUAUAUGAACCAGCCUACAGCCAAACACUCAAGGAAGUCCUACCCAAGUACCAGUGCAGCCCUGCUCUCCGGAGACGCAAGCCUGAAUGGGGCGGCUCAGAUCCAUCCAUCAAUUCUAUCCAAUCUCAGAGUUCAGCAAAAGCCAAAAGGAAUAACAGAAGGUCAUGUGUGCCAACAUCCCUCUUGGACGGCGAAACAUUAGAAAUGCGACAGCUCGUCCCAUGCCUCCUCCUCUUCCCCAUCUCGUCUUUCUUGCAGACAAAGACAUCAGUCACAGCUGCUGGACGUCAUUAGGUGACAAGAGGGACUUAUCUCAUCAAACAAAGGUCCAGAACAAAGAGAUGAGUAAAGCUCCCAGUCAGAGCAGCACGUUGACAAGAGAUGGCGGCGUGAAGGAGCUCAGAUGUGACAGGACGCAGACACAUGGACCGGCUCAGGGCGGCGAAACUGCAGCUGACACGGCAGAUUCAGCACCCAGCACAGGGAGACUAAAGAAGCUACAGAGUCUGGUGCAGACAAAGAAGGGACAUCAGAGUGGAGCUGGAAAAGGGAAGUGCACAUCGGAGAACGAUGAUCAUCUGGCAAACGUGUUGGGCAACAGCAAUCCGGUGCUGACCUGCAUCGGCCUGGGGACGAGAACGGAGAAGAAGCCCUCCAAACCCUCUCCGUCGCCGCAGCAGCAGCGGCAACAGGAGGCCAAAGACGUCCGUGGAGAUUCAGACGAGGAAGGAGUUUGGAGCCCGAAGCUUGGAAAUUACCUGUGGAGCCCGUUUGAGUGUCCCCAGCCCUGGUCUCCCUUUUACCACACCUGCCACCAACCUCGACCUGAGCUGUGGGCCCGUGGCACCUUGUCGCUGCCCCAGACGACGGCAUGGGAUCGCUUUGAGAGUUUGAUACAGGAACUGGACAGCAAACAGCCUGAUCUGUCCCCUCCGCAAACAAGCUGCUCUAUCACAAAUCUGCAGCUCGCAGACAAGAACUUGACCAGAUGUGACAGAUUUGACGUCUUCAGACAGCACUCGCCUUUAAUGAAACCGCGGGAUAACGACAGCUAUCUGCAAAGACAGGAGCAGAACGAUAACGCGGUGAAACUGAGGCUUCACAGGAGAGCGGUGGAGACCUCAUCACCGCAUCGUGACGGGAAGCUCGCCGAGGCCUCACCGGAGAAAACGCUGACAGUCAUCAGUAAUGGAAUCACACAGAAAGAAGAGGCAGAGAAAAGAGGCACAGGUGGUGGAAGACAGUUUACCAAAGGACAGAGGCGGUCCACUAACUCACUGGAAAGCCUCUACAGCCUCAACAGUGGACAGAGCUCCUCAAGUGGAGUCACCAGCGGGUCAGACUGCUCCAGCAACAGAGACAGUCUGAGGACGGAGGACGAUCUAUUGAACACGAGACUUUUCUGUGGCAGAGCCAGAGUCCAUACAGACUUUGUGCCAAGUCCGUACGACACAGAAUCCCUCAAACUCAAGGUAGGAGAUGUGAUCGACAUCAUGGCCAAACCCCCCAUGGGGAUAUGGAGAGGUAUGCUCAGAGGCAGGGUGGGAAACUUCAAGUUCAUUUAUGUGGAUUUGCUACCAGACUCACACGAGGAGACAGGAAUCCACCGAGUGAGACAGAGAUCGACAGUCCGGGAAGUGUUAAGGCGCCUCAGUUUGGAGGAGUAUUCCUCCUCUCUGCAGCGGAACGGUUACCAAACAGUGGAUGACUUGAUGAGGCUGAGGGAGCAUCACCUGACGCAGCUGAAUGUGACUGAUCCAGAGCACAGGCGUUGUCUGCUCGCCGCUGUCGACUCCCUGCAGCAACUGCGCUCUGAUAGUCAGUCGGAGAAUGGGGCCAAUCAGGAGGCCGAGACCCCCGGCGAGAACUUGAAGGCAGAUACGAACAACUGCCCGAGAGACUCCGGCUGCCACAUGCCGUCUGACAGCUCUGACAACAGCACAGAGGACGCGGACCCUCCCUUUAUCUCUGAACGCCCUCUACCAGCUGAGAUGACAGCUUCAUGAGGAUAAUCCAUUCUUUAUAAGGCCUGUUUUAUUCCGUAUGUGGCUGUCCAGAGGACUUGUGAAUCAAAAGCUGUUUUUUUUUUCUUCUUCUUCUUCUUUUUUUUUUUUUUUUUUUUUAUUUCUCGCAACAAGUGUUAUUUUUUAUUGUGUACAAUAAAAUACCCGCGCUGAGCCGCCGCCACGGCUAAUCCCCAGCUCCUCCGCUGGACUCUCGUCUAUAAAUUGUGCGAAUGUUC